UGCGAGUUGAAGGCCAUGAAUUUCGAAUUUGAGCGAGAGAUUGGUUUUAUCAAUAGUCAGCCAUCGCUUGCUGAGUGCCUGACAUCUUUUCCCCCUGUCGGUGAUACAUUUCAAAGUUCAUCAAUCAAGAACUCGACGCUUUCACACUCGACACUGAUUCCUCCUCCUUUUGAGCAGACCAUCCCCAGCCUGAACCCAGGCAGCCACCCUCGCCACACCAGCAGCAGCCGUCCCAAGCAGAGCCCCAAUGUCAGCAGCAGCAGCCCGGUACCAGCCGGCGCCCUGCAGCCUCCGGAGUACCCCUGGAUGAAAGAGAAAAAAGCCUCCAAGAAAACUACCCUCCCGCUUGCUUCGGCCUCAGCCUCAGCCACUGGACCAGCCUGCCUAAGCCACAAAGAGUCUCAUGAAAUCCCCGAAAGUGGUAACGGUGGAUCUAGGAGGCUGAGGACGGCUUAUACCAACACCCAGCUUUUGGAGCUAGAAAAAGAAUUUCAUUUCAACAAGUAUCUCUGUAGACCAAGGAGGGUAGAGAUCGCAGCUUUGCUGGAUUUGACUGAGAGACAAGUAAAAGUCUGGUUCCAGAACAGGAGGAUGAAGCACAAGAGACAGACCCAGUGUAAGGAGAACCAAAACAGUGAGGGGAAAUUUAAGAAUCUAGAGGACAGCGAGAAAGCAGAAGAGGAGGAGGAGAAAUCGCUCUUUGAGCAAACCCUCAAUAAUGUCUCAGGCGCUCUUUUGGAAAGGGAAGGUUACACUUUUCAACAAAAUGCACUAUCUCAACAGCAGGCUCAGAAUGUACACAAUGGAGAGUCCCAAAGUUUCCCAGUUUCGCCUUUAACAAGCAAUGAGAAAAAUCUGAAACAUUUUCAGCAUCAGUCACCCACUGUUCAAAACUGCCUAUCAACAAUGGCCCAGAACUGUGCAGCUGGCCUGAACAAUGACAGUCCUGAGGCCCUAGAUGUCCCUUCUUUGCAGGACUUUAACGUUUUCUCCACAGAUUCCUGCCUACAGCUUUCAGAUGCAGUUUCACCCAGUUUGCCAGGAUCUCUGGACAGUCCUGUAGAUAUUUCUGCUGACAGUUUUGACUUUUUUACAGACACACUCACUACAAUUGACUUGCAGCAUCUGAAUUAUUGAGAAAUUAAAGAUGUCCUGUCGCCAAGGGUUAUGGCUUGUUUCAAAUUACUUUCUUUUAUUUUUCUUUUCCUGGUCAGUAUUUUCU